UUUCAGCGUCCCCUUCUGCACAUGGCAGCAGCUGGAAUGCACUGGGAAAGGUCUGCAUGGGCUCAUGCCCAGCUGACACCUUAAAACCUAGAUGUCCAAGAAAGGUUAUUCAGGUGAGCUGCUUCCCUUUACUGAACUGUGGACUCUAUAAAGAACCCUUAGAGGUCAUUUACCAAUCUCCCCACCCACUAGGAACACUUCCCAUAGUGUUCCUGACGUGGUUCCCGAGGCUCUGCUGAACUCUUCUGGGACAGGGAGCCCUUUCUGUUAUUGGACACUAAUUGUUGCAGGUUUCUUCUGUAUACAGAGAAAAUGUCUUCCAUCUUCUAACUUUUAUUGAGGUCCUAGUUCUGCCUUUUAGAAUAAGCAAUCUUUAUUUUUCAAAAUAACUCAGUACUGAGUUCCUUUUAAUCAAAGUUUCCAUUGUGCAUCUUUCCAGAAACACACAUCUUGCAUAAACCUUUCCGUCACCGGCUCCCCCAGGACAGGCUUUGGGGUGGUGGAUGUGGUUCACUGGGUGCCUCUUGUAGUGCCAGUGUGCAGUGCUUGUCCUUGGCGUCUGAAGUUCUGGGGGAGUCACUGGAGUGCUUGCUGCAGCCACCUGGCUCUCAUCAGGGGUCUCCUCCAGUUUGUAGUGAGGAGCUCUGCUUUGUACUGUGGGGAGUCAGGAAUAAGGAGUGAAUCUAUCUUUUUAUAUAUUAACAGCUCCUAACUCAAGUACCUACUGUGUGUUCCACUUGUGUUAGGUGCUUUAUGUGAUCUUAUUUGGCCCUCACAACUCUAGUAGGUGGUAGGUUCUGUUCUUAUCAUUUUAUAGAUGAGGAAACUGAGGCCACAGCUCUAGAGGUUAAUUUAAAUAGCAAAGCCAGGAUUUUAGUCUAGACCCCUCACCUUGUACUAAUAUGUUACCACUUCCUUGAAAACAGCCAGGAAUAAGAUAACAUGAAGCCUUCCUCAACCUGCAGCACAUAACCCAACCUCAUUGGCACACUUAUUAUUGCACUGAAAACCUACUUUUCUUUCACCUGAAGAGCAUGUAUCCUACCCGUCAACUAGUCUGUAACAGCUGUGUUGGGGUGGCUGCUGUGACUCCUUUGUAGUACAUGAGCACCUGUGUACAUGCUAGGGGUUCAAAAUGCUUAAUGAGUCCAUCAAAUAAAAUCUUCAAAAUAUGCUGAGGAUACAGGGAGCUGGCUGAGCUGCCAUAACUUUCUCAUCUGCAAGAGUAUCUAAAAAAAAUUAAUACCAUUUGUGGGAAUUAGGCAGAAAAGUUAUUUUGGUACAGAAAAGAAAGGAAGGACUAAGCAACCUGCAGUGUAUGAGCUGUGGGUCAUCAGGCCAAGCCAGUUUGACAGUUAGAAUCCUAAGCAAAAGCUGGUGCUGAAAAGAAAUGGAAUUUGAGAUGGAGAUCUCCCUUGUGAAGGGUGUGAACCAGCAGGACUUCGGGAAGCUGAAAACACCAGUGUGCAUGUCCAGAAAGUGGUCACUUCUCUGGCUGCUUUACCCCCACCCUGGAAUCUUACCUUGGACACUGGUCGUCUUCAGUAGGUUUGCUGUCGGUAAUUCAGCUUUAACUAACUGUCUUGGUUGCGGGAAGAGGGUCUGUGCGUUUGUGUGAUUCUCAAACUGGGACCUGUGAGAAGUCAGCAUGCAGCACGAGGACUUCACGCUCUGACUUCUCAGCCCCAGCACUGUCACCAGGAGAAUAAGCCUGGGGCGCUGGUCAAGUGCAGGUUAUUCAGUGGGAAAUGGUUUACACCCGGCACAGUCCCGGCACAGUCCUUAUUCUGUGUGAUGCAUUCUAGAUUCUAUUCAUUCCAGUAAAAGGUGCUAAUGUAUGACCGCUGAUGGGGGGUCAGCAGCAGUCUGAAGAACACUGGAUGAGAUAUCACUUCACACCAGUUAAGAUGGCCAACAUCUAAAAGACAAGGAACAACAAAUGCUGGCAAGGAUGUGGAGAAAGGGGAACCCUCCUACACUGCUGGUGGGAAUGCAAAUUAGUUCAGCCAUUGUGGAAAGCAAUAUGGAAGUUCCUUAAAAAACUAAAAAUAGAAAUACCAUUUGACCCAGGAAUUCCACUCCUAGGAAUUUACCCAAAGAAAACAAGAUCACAGAUUCAAAAAGACAUACGGAGCCCUAUGUUUAUCGCAGCACUAUUUACAAUAGCCAAGAUAUUGUAGCAAUCUAAGUGUCCAUCAGUAGGUGAAUGGAUAAAGAAGAUGUGAUAGAAAUACACAAGGAAAUAUUAUUCAGCCAUGAGAAGAAAACAAAUCCUCUCAUUUACAACAACAUGGAUGGAGCUAGAGGGUAUUAUGCUCAGUGAAAUAACCCAGGCGGAGAAAGACAAGUAUCAAAUGAUUUCCCUCAUUUGUGGAGUAUAACAACCAAGCAAAACAAGGAACAAAAUAGCAGCAGACUCAUAGAUUCCAAGAAGGGACUAGCGGUUACCAAAGGGAAAGGGCGUGGGGAGGGAGGGAGAAGGGGAUUAAAGGGUAUUGUGAUUAGCACAUAAUGUGGUGGGGGCACCGGAAGGCAGUAUAGCACAGAGAAAAGACAAGUAGUGACUAGCAUCUUACUAUGCUGAUGGGGGGUUGUGGGGUGGAACGUGAUAAUACUGGUGAAUGUAGUAGCCACAGUGUUGCUCAUGUGAAACCUUUGUAAGAUUGUGUAUCAGUUAUACCUUAAUAAACACUGGGUGUGAGCCUGGCUACCGUGUCACCUGGGCACGCUUCACAAUUGCGGGAUCUCAGCUCCUCCCUGCACCUACCACAUCAGGAUCAGCAUCUUACUUAUUUUCAUAAGGUGAUUUGGGUACACAUCACAGUCUGAGAUGGCCUGGGCAGGAGGUCACUGUCUCUGGCCUGCUGGGCUGGGAGGUAGUGCUGGGGACAACCUCUUGGGUCCUUGCCUGCGAUAUGGUUCUGAGCAUCUCCCUGAGCCCUUGUUGCCUCCUUGUCUCUUCUGCCUGUGGCAGAUUCAGUCAUACUUUCUCUUAGGCAAAAUUUCACAUUUUAAACUACCCAAGGCUAAUUUUAUGUUAAAUCACUUGAUGUUGUUUUGCAAGGCUUCCUGCUUGCUAUAGGCAUAGUUAUGAGGAAGUAGAAUUUCUUCUGAAGCAAGUGCCCAUGUAUUCCAAAGUAAGAGCAAAUCUAAAACAGGAAACAUUGGAGGCUUUAAGGAAGGAAUUAAAUCUAAUCCUGAAAUGCUUUUGUGGGCACUGAUUGCCUAGGUGUCUGUGUCAGUGUUUGUGAGGGAAGAGGGGGUACAGCUUUCAGACAGGUGUGUAUACAAAAACAGCUGCAUGCUGAGCUUAACAUACGCAGUCUUCAAGGAGACCCAAGUCACCAAACGCUGACUUCAGAGCUGCCAAGAAAGAUGAGCAGCUGCAGAGCUGAGAGAAGCGCUGGUCGGCCUGCAGAAUGCUCCUGCCCUUCGGCCUGUCCUGCUGAUGCUCUUUGGGGUCACAGCCACUGCUGCCCUUCGCCUGGAGGGGGGCCUCACGAGCCACAACAGCAGGCAUAUGCAGGAAGUGACAGAAAUAAAGAAAAACAGCCUCUUGAGUUUCCCUGCUUGGCAGUACAAACAGAUCUCUCAGGCCAGUGCGGCUCCCUUCACAGGAGGAGAAGCCAGGAAGGUGUCCAAACAGCAGGAAGGGCUGUCCCUUCAAAAGUCUAUGCAAUGAGAUGAAACACCCUGCAAGAGUUUCUUCUGGAAGACCUCCUGCAAAUGGAACUCCACCAGCGAUUACUCAUGCACAGUGGAAUGAUGCAUCUGAAUAAAAUGUAGUGAGCAGCUGUGAGUUUUCUUCAUUAUGCACUUGUCUUCUCUUUCCCAUGUAAUUGGAGAAGUAUUUAAACUCCAAAAGUGUCCAAUACUGAGUGUCUUUAGUAAUUUGGAACCCAAAGCGAACAUUUUUGGUAAGGAUUUUUGUCUUUUUUACUUUAUCAAACUCAGUGUAGCCAUCGGCCUUUCCUUCUGCCUUCACUAUGUGCUUAGAAGUGGCUCUGUCCUUGUUUUCCUUUCUUGGAUUUAAAAUAGCUAAAGGUUACAUAUUUAAGAGUUCAGAAUAACAUCUUAUUUCACUUUAUUUUUAUAUAACUUUGUCUACUUUAAAAAAUAUUUCCCUCAAAUGAAAAGCAAAUUUUUGACAUUGCCUCAAGAGCAAAAUGAUUAUUCCUUAUGUUUUAGCCACAAUUAACUUAAAAACAAAUGUCAGGUUAUUAACAAUGUCAUGCUGACAUACUUAUGAGAGUUGCCUUUGAAACUGCUACUAUGAAAAGCCCAUACUAAUAUUAAUCAGUAAGAUAGUAGUAGUUUGUUACAGUUCUUGUGGAUCAGCUUCAGGUUUGCUUUAUGAGGAAUGAAGUCUAUUUAUAAAAUAAAGUCUUACUUCAGACCAAAUACAGUAAGGGAUGCUGCUGCCUGCCUGGAGUCUGCUGGCUUCACCUUCUACUACAAGGGCCUCCAGAGCCUCAGGAUCCAGACUGUGUUCCGUGACAGAUACAUAGAUGCUGAUGUAUACUAUGUGUGUAAUUGUUAUAUUUCCACAUUCCUCAGUAAUCUAAGAUAGUGAAUGAUGGUUAAAUGAUGGGGAUUCCUGUUUCUCUGCAAAGCCCCAUGAAGAUCAGGAUGCCAGUCUGCUCAAAUGAAGUUAGGAGUAAAUAAGCCACUCAGUUACAAACCUUAAUCAAAUUUUGAUUAAUUCCCCAUAGCACUGAAAUCCUAGUUUGAUUGCACAUAUUAUGAUUCUUGAAUCAUAGGCUCUAAGGAAAAUUAUCCGUAUGAAGGUUUUUAGAUCAUUUCUGGAGUUAAGGAGGUUCUGAGGGUCAAGCCUAAUGCUGGGCAAACUGGCAGACGCUGGCUGGAGGACACUAAUAGUAUUCUCUUCUCUGGACACCAGGGGAGCAGACUCGCAGAGUAUGACUGCUGACCGUUCUGUUCUGUUUUCCACAGAGCUGAGCUCAUAUUCAUAAUGACUAGCUGAGUAAAGUAUAAUGUGAUGGAAGAGCCUUAAUAGCAUCCACAUUUCCAAACACAGCAGCUUUAGGAAACCAGUAACUGGGUCAGUGCACAAAGGAAGAUGCCUGCCAGAAAGGCCAGCUAACCUUCAGAACUUUGCCUUUUAAGAUUUUUCUAGAAGAAAAGAAAAGCAUGUUCAUUGUUUUUCAGUUCCAAUUGGGGCCAUACAUAUAGUCCUUACAUUUGGGGAGUUUAACUUUUAACUAGAUCCUCUCUGAAGGAUAAUGAGGUUGUACUAAUGAUACUGCCAGGACAUCUGUCCAGUCUAAGCCUACCUUAGUUCAGGGGACUUAAUAAAAUGCUAACUGGCAUCGACUGCACAUUAGACUAGAUGAAUAUGCUCAUGAGGAGUAAAUUAGGGUAAAGUAGGUAAAUUAGGAUAAUUCCCUACCUUCGGGUGUUUGGGAGACUUAGUGUACCUUUCUGUAGUUCCAUAUGCACAAGCGUGUGGAUUUGGGUCAUCAGGACCUAGACAACUCUAAUUCAUUCUUUUGCAUUUAUUUCUAGUAUUUGGCACCAGAAUAGAUCCCUAACUGCUGAGGAAGAAUUGAGUGUGACAAUAAGCACUCGACAGAAAUCCCUCCAUAGUUUUCAGAUUUUAAGGCUGACAGCAGUCCCUUGUACGCCUUUGGAAACUCAGACCAGUAAGCUCAGGAGAUCCUCCAACAACCUGAUCACCAGCACCUCGCCAAGGGAUAGCCCACAUCUUGACAGUAGCUGCUUCAGUAGAGAUGUGGAUACCAUUUUAAACAAACCAGAAGAGGGUUUUUUAAAAAUCCACUUUUUAGGUGCUAAAGAGAAGGAAAUUCUGUUUUUAGACUAGAGAAAGAAAGAUGCAAAGGACAGUGGGGCUACCCACUAUUUCUGGCUUCUCAUAACCCCAGUAAAGUUAACACUAAUUUAUCUUUCCCAUUUGUAGUUAAGUGACCAAAAAGUACAUGUGUUUGUCUUAUUAAAAGAACUGUAAGCUGGAGAAAAAAAUUAUACACACUGGAGAACAUUUUUUUUUGGUGAUAGCUCUUAUAACAUGGUAUCAAUGCAUUAGCCUGUUGGUUCCCGUCCUUGUAUUUGUGCAGGUGUUCUCUGAUUUGAUUUGAGCAAACUGAACUCUAAGGUUCUGCAAUCUGCAGAAGCAGUGUACCUCCUGAGGAGCAAGUCUGUUCCCUCGUUGGAGGCUUUCAAACAGGAUGGAGGACCCCACCGUCAGAGCCAUGUAGAGGGCUCCGGCACUGGUGGUGUGUUCAGAUAAGAUCUUUUCCAAGGUUCUUAAAAACCUCAAGUAAUAUAAGACAGUCAAAAUAAUUUAAGGCAAAACUCUACCAAUAAAACGGGGAAAAACCCUGAAGGCAAAAAAAAAAAAUUGAGUAAUUAGAAAAUUAAACAGCUAGACAAUCUGGUUAAUAAAGGCACAUUAAUAAUUCUUGUAAUUAAUGCAGAUUCUGCAGGGGUGUUUUUUGCAGAUUACUAUUAUUUUGUUCCUUUAUCUCUAGAAAAUGAAAAAUCCGUUAGUUUUUUUUCCCUUUCCUUCUACCCAGAAAUUAAAGGUUGGUAAGUGGUAAUUAGCACAGCUCCUGUCAAAGCCAAUUGCCUAAUGGGGACCGACACUUGACUUGAGUUGAAAGAAUGGAAUAUGGCUAAUGAAGAGUUUGUUAGUCCCAGCUGCUCUCUUUGACAUUCUUUUCUCCUCCAUAAGAACAGGCGUGCCCUGCUUGCUCCCGCUCCUAUUUUUAGACAUAUUGCUGUGCUGCUGUUUCUAUUCUAGAAGGCCGGGAGGCACCAUAGUGUAGGGAAGCUAAGUGGUACCAGGGGCAUUAUAAUGUGUUUGCAACCACUCUCACUACACAUUUGGGCCAGAGUUUGCAGACUAAGGUCUUUGUCCUAUAGACCCAUAGACAGGAUCCUCCUGAGGACACAUCCCUGUACUUUGCUCCUGCCCCAUCUCUCUGCACCUGGGGCAGAUGAACAGGAACCACUCUCUGUAGUCUAAUUUGUGCUGGGUACCAGUGCUCUUCCUUAUACAUUUUACUUCAUUGAACCCUUAAUUGUGGGGCCUUAGGAUAACCUUCUAUUUUGGAAAUGAAGGUCCCAAAAGGUUACUCAAUGUGGGUUUGCCUCAUUCCAAAAGCCAAAGUACUUUUUCUAUUAUCCUAUGCAGCUGAGAUCUAUCAAGUACAUACAUCAAUGUCAACACCCAGGCUGAUCAACAAAAGCUCUACUGUGUACUUGAUAAAUAACUUCAGAAAAUGUGUUUAAUUCAGUAGGAUAAAAAUGGAGAUGUCAGUGUAAUUGGUGAGUACAGACAUAAUUCAAAUUUCUGGAAUGUAGGCUUUUACUACUGUGCUAACUGUACAGUGCUCACAAGGCUGAUUUACUUACAUCACCCCCACAAUGACGAAAGUCAGAGGUCUCUGGCAAUUAUGUUGUUGACAUGUUAGGCCUUUGCUUGUUGGAGUUGAUUCCAACUUACUACAUUGGUGUAACAAAGCCAGUGAUCGGAUGUAGAAUAGAAGAGUGCAUGGAUCUACCCAAGAGAAAAUACACCUAAGUGGAAAGAGCACUGGAAUUAGGGCCUGACUUGGAUCCUGGUGCUCCCAUUAGCCUUGUGACAGGUGGCAAGUCACUGGAAUUCGCCGAGCCCUUUGCUCAUGUAUGAGAGGUGACAAGCCACACCCGGCUAGCUCACUUAUUUUUGUGAGGCUCCAAGGAGGUAAGUGCUAGCACACAGCAGACUGCAAACUGGUAGAAAAACCCUCAACAGGCAUUAGGGCCACUCUACGGGCAUUUCCAAAAUGUCUGGGGCUGCUUUCAAUUGUCUCAGUGCCUGGAGGUUGCUUCUCGCGCCGAGCAGGUGGGGGGCUAGUUUUCCUGCAGUGCACAGGGCAACUCCAUCCUCAAGACUUCUUGGUGUCGUGGUGGACCAUCACAUGGGUGAGGACCUGUUCCAGAUAAUCUUUGCUGAAACAUAAUUGUUUUAUAUAUAAACACGGAGUACUUCCCCCAGUUUUUAUGUGCUCUGGAGUUUUCAAGACUGCAGCUAUUCUGCAAAUCAAGGAUGGAUAGAGGCAUCCCCUGUGUUUCCAAAAUUCUGGUUAUGCCACUUCACUUUUACAAAGACCUAUGUUAGUACCUGUUUUGCUAACAAAGCGGUCCAAAGAAGAGUUUGCUUUUACAAAAAAAGGUGGAAAGUGACAGAAAAGACAAGUAAUGAUUCUAUAGCAUCUUACUACGCUGAUGGACAGUGACUGUAAUGGGCUAUGUGGUGGGGACUCGAUAAUAGGGGGAGUCUAGUAACCAUAAUGUUCAAGUAAUUAUACAUUAACGAUACCAAAAAAAAAAAAAAAAAGAUGUAAAGCGAAUAUAGCACCCAGCACUGGUUGUGCAGCGAGCCGCUAUAGAGGCAGUGCACCCCAGGCAGCGAGAGGGGCCCUGCUAAGCUCUUCCCCGGGAACCACCCUCAGCAUUUCCACAUUUAGCCACCAGAGCUUUGAAUAGUGUCUGAGCAUCUGUGCUUUUUCUUGACUUAUUUGAUGCAUUUGUUAGUACGAUGUGUUCUAUCAAAAAACCUGAGAGGUUAUUUUUUGGGUGUGGGACUGCUGAAAAAUUUUUCCACAUAAAUUAACGGUAAGUGCUUCUUUUCUUUAUGCCACUUUUGCUUAGGAAAGGUUUCAUAGGAACACUGCUUUUGGAUGAUGGGGGAACUUGUAUGUUAUUUUGUCUCAAACUUCACCAUUUUGGAAAUCCCAUUACAAAAGGCAAUGCUGCUUGUGGUAUUUGAGAGACAGUCACCACACACCCCUGCCAGCCUGCCUCUGCCAUAUUCACUGUCAUCCAAUGUGUAAGUACCUCUGACAGCUUCAUUGCACCUUUGCUAAAACCAUAUUGACAGUGACGCAUUGAGAUACAUCCCAUUUUAUUGGAAAUUUCUUUUUGUUUCUUCUGAAAUACACUUGGGGUAUAUAUCAAUGCUUUUCACAGUAUGUGUGUAGGUAAGUAAACAGCUCUUAAUUUCAUUUAAAGAUAAUUAAGGUGACAUGACAAAAAUGUGCUAUUAAGAAAGAAAUGUGGUGGCCAGCGGGAACUAAAGGUGUAAGGCAUUAGUAAAAGGGUGCUUGCUGGGUAGAUCUAAGCCCUUCUAGAAGAUCACAGAAGGAAACAAUUCUUGUUCUGUUUGUUUUCUGCACUCUGCUCUUGCCCCAGGACUUUUUAUUAUUAUAUUUCUUAGUAAGUAGCCAAUGUAUCUCUUAAUAGUAUUCUCUUUUCCUCUAAGCAUGCUUAAGAAAAAAAACC